AUGGCAGACGACACAGCCAAACCCACGUCGGCUCGUCUGGCUGACUCUUCCUAUCACUCGCCGUAUACGCGUGCUGGUGCUCCACGCCCUCAUCCCAACACUGAUCCGUACGCAGCCCUCCGUGGCAGGGCGCUCUCUACUUUAGAGGCUAUGGGGUUCGACCCUAAUACCAUGAUCGAGCAUGGGGUCCUCUGGGCUGAACAUCAGGACCCCUUUGGUCAUGUCAUGCAGGGCCAGUACAUGAGCUUCUUGGGAGCAUGCUUCUGGCGUGUCAUGGAGAGCUAUGACGAAUUCUUGAGCAAGGAGGAGUGCGACGACAUGAUUCAAGCUAAAACGGUUAUUCCUGUUGUACGCAGGUACGAACUAGACAUUCGGCGGCAGGUUAAAUAUCCCGACUCGUUAAUUGCCGCUUACCGGCAGGAUCGCAUAGAGCCUACACGAAACCAUGGAACCACUGUGCUUUUCUCGCUCAAGCAGCAAGCUAUUGUCGCCCAGGUCCAAGGUUCAACAACCUACAUUGAUGCUAAAACUGGCCGCCCGGUGGACAUUCGUACACUUGGUGGCUGUUUUCCGGCUUUAUACGAAGGCUUCACGAAAAAAUCCGAGCGUGCAAACCAGUUGAAGGAGAAAUGGGACAAGGAGCAUCCUAAAUCCUCAAAAAAAACCCAGGCUAAAAUUUAG